AUGAAUAAAGAAUUAAACAAAAUACUGAAUAACAGAAUUAAAAGAAUGAGGGUAAGCUUGAUGACUUAUAACUUAAAGGUAGAGUACUGUCCAGGGAAAUAUUCAUAUGUAGCUGAUUUGCUUAGCAGAAAUUAUAAACAAAAAAUUAAGAAAACAGAUGAUACCCUUAAAGAUAUCGUACAUAUUAUGGAGGUUGUUAACUUAAAAUUUAAAAAUAAUAAAGAGAGUGAAUUUAAAAAAGCUAUAUUAGAAGAUAUUACAUUAAAAUUAGUAGAACAGUAUGUAAGAGAGGGAUGGCCUAAACAAAUAAAUAGUGUAGGAGAUAUAAGACAUUAUCAUAAAAUAAGAAAUGAGUUAAUGUUGGAAAAAGGUUUAAUUUAUUAUGGAUGUCGUUUGGUUGUACCUAGAGUUAUGUGUAAGUACAUUUUUAAAAAAUUACAUGAAUCACAUUUAGGUAUAAACAAAACUUUGAAGAAAAGCAAACUAAUUUUUUUUUGGCCUGGUAUGGCAUCAGAUAUAACAAAUGCAAUUCGUAUAUGUGAAACUUGCAUAAAAUUUAGUAUCAAAAAAAUUAAAGAACAAUUAAAACAGCAUGAAAGACCAAGUGUUCCUUUUCAUAAAGUAGGUUUAGACAUAGCAGAAAUAUUUGGUAAUAAUUAUCUUAUAAUAAUCGACUAUUAUUCCAGAUGGUUAGAAGUAUUAAAAUUAAAAGACAAAUCAAGCCAGUCAUUUAUUGAGUUAUUAAAAGUUGUGUUUAGUCGGUUUGGAAUUCCCAAAUAAGUAGUUGCUGAUAAUAAUCCUUGUGGCUCACAAGAGUAUAUAACAUUUGCCACACAGUGGCGAUUUGAGGUAAUAUUGUCUAGCCCAUAUUAUGCAAAAAGUAAUGGCUUGGCAGAGAAAGCAGAAGGGAUAGCGAAAGAGAUGAUUACCAAAGCUAGAUAUGAGAAAAAAGAUCUCAAUUUAUUUUUACUCAAUUAUAGAAAUAGUCCGGUGGCAGGUUUGGAAUACUCGCCUGCACAAUUGUUAAUGGCAAGGGAGCUAAAAACACUUACCAAUUUUUUAAAUCCAAACAUUUUUAAACCAAAAUUAGUAAAUUGUGUUGGAGAAAUGCAAACACAAGAAAAUUAUCAGAAACAUUUCUAUGAUAAAACUGCAGGGCCCGAGGAAAAACAAUUUACAGAAAGUGAAAAAGUUUAUAUAUAUGAUAAAUUUAAAAAAUAA